CUGAAGCACCAACUGGUUUAUGGAGCAUUAAUUAAAUCUGCGGAUUUUUUCAUUGUAAAAAUGGAGCGUAUUAAAUUAGAGAUCAUGGAUAUGAAUGAGGCAGAACCAUGUAAAGUGAAAGAUGAAGAUGCUGAGGAACAAAGAGGCCUGAUGGAGCUGAAAGAGGAACGUCAAGAACUAAAUGAUAUAGAGGAAAACCAUCAAGAACCUCACAAUUUCAUAAAUGGAGAAAAAUCUGUGGCUUCCCCACACACUGACAAGAAUUUCUCACAAAAAAGAUCUUUAGUAAAAACUUCAUUCACAUGUGAUCAGUGUGGAAAGAGUUUCAUGCGUAAAGGAGUCCUGAACGAUCACAUGAGGAUUCACACCGGAGAGAAGCCUUUCACGUGCCUUCAGUGUGGAAAGAGUUUCACUAAUAAAGGAAACCUGAAGCUUCACAUGGGAACUCAUAUGGGAGAAAAGCCUUACAGGUGCGAUCAUUGCGGAAAGGGUUUCAUACGUCAAGGGUUUCUCAGUUAUCACGUGCGAACUCACACAGGAGAAAAACCUUAUUUAUGUGAUCAGUGUGGAAGGAGAUUCACGCGCAGGCGACUCCUGAAUGAACACAUGCGAAGUCACACCGGAGAGAAGCCUUACAUGUGCUCUCAGUGUGGAAAGGGUUUCUCACGUAGUGAAAACCUCAAGAUUCACCUGAGAAUCCACACCGGAGAGAAGCCGUUCAGAUGUGAUCAGUGCGGAAAGAACUUCAUUCGUAAGCGACUCCUGAGCGAUCACAUGCGCAGUCACACCGGAGAGAAACCUCACGUGUGUGUGGAGUGUGGAAAGGGUUUCUCACUUAAAGAAAACCUUAAGUGCCACAUGAGAAUCCACACCGGAGAGAAACCUUACAGAUGCGAUGAGUGCGGAAAGAGCUUUCAAUUUAAAGGAAAACUUAACCAUCACUUACGAAUUCACACCGGCGCGAAACCUUUCACGUGCAAUCAGUGUGGGAUGAGUUACACGCAACCGGACAGCCUGACAUAUCAUCUGCGCUCUCAUGCUGGAAUAAAGCCUUUUAAAUGCGAUCAGUGCGGUAAAGCGUUUAUUCUGGCCUCGCAUCUGAAAAAACACAUGAAGGCUCAUGCGAAUGAGAGGCCUUACUUCUGUUCUGUUUGUGGAAAGACGUUUUCACGGCUGGACUGUUUUAAAAUGCACCAUAAAGUUCACACCGGCGUGAAAGCUCACGAGUGCUCUGAGUGCGGGAAGAGUUUCAGAAGAGCCGGAGACUUGAAGAUUCACCACAGAAUCCACACCGGAGAAAAACCCUACAAGUGCUCGCACUGCGACAAGAGUUUCAGUCAGCUAGGACAGCUGAACAUACACGAGCGAGUUCACAGCGGAGAGAAACCGUACCAGUGCCCUUCAUGUGAGAGGGGUUUCAGCUCAUCACGCACUCGACUGGUUCAUGUGAGAAAGCACUGUACAAAGUUGGCAAAGUGUGCAGCUUUCAAUGCAGGUUAGGAGAAAUCUUCUGGAAGACUUUAUAUUUUUAGUCCUAAACACCAAAAAAAGCAGAAAAUCCCCACAUGAAUCAACGAAUCAACUCCAAACCAAGUUUUGGUUUGCAACAGAUCAGGCUUCAUUUUAAUAAAGUGACGGUCAGAUACUUUAACACAAACAAUUAAGAGCAAAGGUUGGACGGCAGGCGACAUUCAUAAACACAAGCCACUGACAGGCAGACAAGAAAGACAAAUGAAUGCAAAAGAGAAUUUAAGGACGUGACCGAACCAGGACUGUAACAGUGAGAAUGAUCAAGCUCUGCAAACACGUGACCAUACAAAUGAUGCAUUUGUGUCCGAGAUCCGGUUCAGUUUCAGGCUUGAAACUCCGUCUGGUGGAGUGAAGAGGAGUUUAAAGGCACAUUUUUAAACAGUUCCAGUUUGUAGUGUUGCUAUAAACCAGGUUCAGUAUACACAAACAACAACAUAUAAUGCUUUCAUUAAAACAGCAAUCAACAGUUUACAAUAAAGCUGUAAGAUAAAAUGUUACAAAAACGUAUCUAGAAGUAGAUUUGUUCUCUGUGCUCACUGAAGAAGUCACUGCAUGCUACUUUACUUUGCUGAUGCUACUUUUACUUACACAGUCAGAAGCACUAAAACUACACAGCUGACGUGUUUAUUAAGUGACUUAUUUACAUGAUUAAUGUAACCUACUCGAGCAUAAACUAGCACACAUUCAAGCUUGAUUGAUUUUAUAGUGUACUGAAAUCACUUCAGUACUGAAGAGCUAUGAUUAACAAAAUUACAUUUCAAAGAUGUUAGAAAGGUAACUACACUGAUGUCUGUAUAGU